AUGACGCUCCCUCUGCAGCUCACGCGGGCGUGUGUCGCGCUGCGACGGGAAGGGCUCGGCCUCUUUUUCAGGUGCAACGGCAUCACCAUCCAUACGAAGCAUAUCCGCCGGCCCAUCCACGCGCCGCGUCUGCUCAAGAUGAUGAAGAAAUGGAUGCGAGUCUGCGGAUAUGCGCAGGUCCGCGAGGUGCGCGGCGUGGUCUUGGAUCUUGGGGUCAUGAAGCUGGGAACGGAUCUUCUGGAGCCCGUCGACUGGUAUGUGCUGGGGCUCGUGCGGCGAUGGCUGCAUCCGAAGGCGACUAUUCAUGUGGCUUUGCGGGUGGAGCUUCCGUGUCACUUCCAUGGAGUUACGCCCUAUCGCGUUCGUUUUGAGCUGGGAGAUCAGUCCAUGGCUGAAGGCCAAAUUCGGCUCAUUGAGGACGGGGUCUACUGUCAAAUUUUCGCGCUCUCGUUGGAGCAAGGUGCGCGGACCGCUCUGGGCCUGGACGACCUUUUUAAAGUACUUGUCGGGGAGUCGCUCCUCGACUGGGAACGUUUCCAGGAGGCACUGGUCCUUUGGAAAUUGGACGAGGCCGGAGGUAGGAGCGAGAAGCCAGGGUUCUCGGGGAGGAGGACGUUGGUGGAAAGCGCACAAUCUUUCAUGACCGACUCAGAUGCGAGAAACAGGACAUACUUGUACAUUGUCGUUUUAGGAUAG